AUGGCUGAAGAACUCAUCGCCGCAUUCCCAGAUGCCAAGAUCAUAUUAACAGAACGAGAUGAAAAUUCUUGGUUUGAAUCCUACGAUGCAACUGUAGGCAAAAGUUGGCGAUUUUGGAAUUCUCGGAGGUGGUUUUUUUGGGUACCACCCAGAGGGCGAGAAUAUGAUUUUCAUGUUUUAAGAAUGUGGCUUUUGAUGCGAGUGGAGGGAAUGAGAGGGAAAGGCAGAAGGAAUGGUAUUUGA